CCGCUACAAAUGUGAACAGUAUCCAAGAUUUCCUUUUAACGUAGACUAUUGUAAUUAUAACAAGUCUCUGCGUGAAUGCCUACAGUACCCUUUCUGAACCUGUACAUCUAAACUAUUAAUGAUUCCAAAAAAUAAAUUUCAACACGAUUAAUACAGUGUUUGGAUUCAUUAAAGUAACUAUAGUAAUCGCUCCUACUAAAUUCUUAAUAAAUUACAUAGUUUUCGUAAUCAUUACAGAAAGUGGUCACAUAUCCGAGCUGUAAUAUACACUAUUGUAAUUAUUACGAAAGAAAUUUUCUCCGUGCAGGUGAGGUUUUUAACAACCGAUUUAAAAGAAAAAGAUUUUGUCGAGAUAGCGAAAAAAAUGGUUAAUGAUUAUCCAAACAUUUUUAAGGAUUUAAAGGAAGGGGGAGGAAAUUUCGGUGGAGGUUAUUACGUGAUUAAACAAAAAAUUAAAAAUAGAUUCGCAUACAUUUCUAGAAGCAGCGGUAAUAAUUUUUUAAAGCAGACGAAAAGAGUUGCUAUUUCAGACAAAAAAAAUUGAUUCUUGCGCAAGCUGGUUGUGUAAAUUGGCAACCAGAGAAACACCCUGAAAACCAAACUGACGAAUCCGUUAAAACUAGUCAGCAAGUACUGCAACAAUAUGCCCUUGAAAUUCACGAAGAAUAUGAUGACGAUAUCACACAUCACUUAGAAACGACAUACACUGCUCAGAGACUCUUUUUAAAUAAUUUUAAAAAUUUUCCAGACAUUAAUAAUGUUAUGACAGAAUGGCCGUUACUUAUAAUUGACAAUUAUUUAUUUUGGCAUUAUAAAUUAUUAGUGGGACACGAAAUUGCAGACGUCACGAAUGGGAUGAUAAAACAGUACGAGAAAAUUUUUACAUUCAACGAUUUAAAAUUUCACUCAAAAACAAUGAUUAGAUCGAAUGAGAAAAAAAGUAGGGGAAAAAAUACAAAUAACACUGCAAAUGAAGUUGAUGCACCAGUUGCAACGAAAGGUACAGUUUCGCUGUUUCAAUUUGAAAAAACCACAGAUGAAGAAAUCAUGUUCCUGCAAGUUUUGGACAUUGUAGCGAGCCACUUUGGAGAAAAAAUCAAUUUUCUCUGUGUAGAGUGUGAGACAUCUGAAUUGGAACAAUUGGAUUCUUUGGAAUUGCCGGACACGCCAUGUCUUUUGAGAGCUAAAGAUUCGAAUCCAAUAGAAUAUCGUGUCAUAAUUGACAAGGUUGCAGUAUGGUACAAUACAGACUUCGUAAAAGCGUUCCAGUAUUUUUUUGCUUCUACUUAUGUCUUCAACAGAAUAUAUAAUGACAAUUUGGCUGCUACUUUAUUAUUCGUCGAAAUGUACGCAAGCCCAAUUAGAUCUAAACACCGUAGUAAAGCUCGACAUCAUACGGUGGUUUUAUCGAAGGUCAUGGGCUUAUAUAAUAAGUUGCGUGACGUAAAUGUUCCUACAUCAUCAUCAUCAUCAUCAUCGUCUUAAAAAGAAGAAAUGAAUCAAAGCUCAGAUUGUUCUAGAAGCAGAUCACUGCGACGAG